AUGGCUGACGCCUCUGUUACGGACCCCGCGGUUGCGGCCGAGCUCAAGAAGAAGCGCACCUUCCGCACUUUCUCCUACCGCGGCAUUGAGCUCGACAAGCUCCUUGACCUCUCGACUGAGGAGUUCAUCGAUGUCGUCCACGCCCGUGCACGCCGUCGGUUCCAGCGCGGAAUGAAGCGCAAGCCUUUGGGUCUGAUCAAGAAGCUGCGCAAGGCUAAGAAGGAGGCCCCGCCGAACGAGAAGCCGGCCGUCGUCAAGACGCACCUCCGCGACAUGAUCAUCGUCCCCGAGAUGAUCGGCUCGGUCGUCGGCAUCUACAACGGCAAGGUCUUCAACUCCGUCGAGAUCAAGCCCGAGAUGGUCGGCCACUACCUCGCCGAGUUCUCCAUCUCCUACCGCCCCGUCAAGCACGGUCGCCCUGGUAUCGGUGCCACGCACUCGUCCCGUUUCAUUCCUCUCAAGUAA